UCAGCGCCGGCAGGAUGGCGGCCGACACGCAGGUUUCUGAAACACUGAAGCGUUUUGCAGGGAAGGUGACAACAGCCAGUGUGAAAGAAAGGAGAGAGAUCCUCAGUGAACUGGGGAGAUGUGUUGCUGGAAAAGAUCUGCCAGAGGGAGCAGUGAAAGGGCUCUGCAAGUUAUUCUGUUUGACUUUGCAUCGAUACAGAGAUGCAGCCUCCCGCCGAGCCCUGCAGGCAGCCAUCCAGCAGUUGGCUGAGGCCCAGCCAGAGGCCACUGCUAAGAACCUUCUGCACUCUCUGCAGUCUUCAGGCAUUGGCUCCAAAGCAGGUGUUCCCAGUAAGAGCAGUGGCUCCGCAGCCUUGCUGGCCCUAACCUGGACCUGCCUUCUUGUGCGCAUUGUUUUUCCCUCGAAAGCUAAGCGUCAAGGAGACAUCUGGAACAAACUGGUGGAGGUGCAGUGUCUGCUGCUGCUGGAGGUGCUGGGUGGCUCCCACAAGCAUGCUGUGAAUGGUGCUGUGAAGAAGCUCACCAAGCUGUGGAAAGAGAACCCUGGGCUGGUGGAACAGUACUUGUCAGCUAUUCUCAGCCUAGAACCCAACCAGAACUAUGCUGGCAUGCUGGGGCUGCUGGUGCAGUUUUGCACAAGUCACAAGGAAAUGGUCGUGGUCAAUCAGCACAAGAGUGCACUGCUGGAUUUUUAUGUGAAGAAUGUCCUGAUGAGCAAAGUGAAGCCUCCAAAGUACCUGCUGGAUAACUGUGCUCCUUUGCUCAGAUACAUGACCCAUUCUGAGUUCAAGGAUUUGGUACUGCCCACCAUACAGAAGUCUUUAUUGAGGAGUCCAGAGAAUGUAAUUGAAACCAUCUCUAGUCUGCUGGCAUCAGUGACGCUUGAUCUCAGCCAGUAUGCCCUGGAUAUUGUGAAAGGCCUGGCUAAUCAGCUGAAAUCCAACAGCCCCCGCCUGAUGGACGAAGCUGUGCUGGCCUUGCACAACCUGGCCCGCCAGUGCAGUGAUUCCUCAGCUAUGGAGACUCUGACCAGGCACCUAUUUGCAAUCCUUGGAGGCUCAGAAGGAAAACUAACCAUUGUAGCCCAGAAGAUGAGCGUCCUCUCAGUUCAUGAAGGCACUUUGGUACACGCUGUCUCUGUCCUGGCUCUCUGGUGCAACCGGUUCACUACAGAAGUUCCCAAGAAGCUAAUUGACUGGUUCAAGAAAGCUUUCAGCCUUAAAACUUCCACCUCUGCAGUGAGACACGCCUACCUGCAGUGCAUGCUGGCCUCCUUCCGAGGUGACACAUUGUUGCAGGCACUGGAUUUACUGCCCUUGCUCACUCAGACAGUGGAGAAGGCAGCUUCCCAGAGCACUCAGGUUCCCACCGUCACUGAAGGGGUCGCUGCAGCCUUGCUGCUCUCAAAGCUUUCUGUGGCUGAUUCACAGGCAGAGGCCAAAUUAGGCAGCUUUUGGCAGCUGGUCGUGGAUGAGAAGAAGCAGAUUUUCACUUCAGAGAAAUUCCUACUCUUGGCUUCCGAGGAUGCCCUUUGUACUGUGUUGCAUUUGACCGAAAGACUUUUUCUUGACCACUCGCAUAGACUCACCGGCAACAAAGUUCUGCAGUACUACCGGGCCUUGGUGGCAGUGCUCCUGAGCCGCACCUGGCACGUGCGUAGGCAAGCUCAGCAGACGGUUCGGAAACUGCUGUCCUCUCUCGGGGGCUUUAAGCUUGCCAGUGGCCUCCUGGAGGAGCUGAAGAAUGUCCUCACGUCUCAUAAGGUGCUGCCCUUAGAAGCUCUUCUGACUGAUGCUGGAGAGAUGACCGAUACAGGAAAGGCCUAUGUGUCUCCACGAGUCCUGCAGGAGGCUCUGUGUGUCAUCUCUGGGAUCCCAGGACUCGAGGGUGAUGUCACUAGUACGGAACAGCUGGCCCGGGAGAUGCUGAUCAUCUCCCAUCACCCAUCCUUAGUGGCAGUACAGUCUGGACUCUGGCCAGCACUUCUCACCAAAAUGAAGAUUGACCCUGAAGCCUUCAUCACCAGGCAGUUGGAUCAGAUCAUUCCCAGGAUUGCCACACAGAGUCCCCUGAACCAGUCUUCCAUGAAUGCCAUGGGCUCCCUUUCCAUCUUGUCCCCGGAUCGGGUCCUUCCACAGCUCAUCAGUACUAUCACUGCCUCUGUGCAGAACCCUGCACUGCGCUUGGUGACUCGGGAGGAGUUUGCCAUCAUGCAGACUCCUGCCGGGGAGCUGUUUGACAAAUCCAUCAUCCAGAGUGCUCAGCAGGACAGCAUAAAAAAGGCCAACAUGAAACGAGAGAACAAAGCUUAUUCCUUCAAGGAGCAGAUCAUUGAGCUGGAGCUGAAGGAGGAGAUAAAGAAGAAGAAAGGCAUAAAAGAGGAGGUGCAGCUGACCAGCAAGCAGAAGGAAAUGCUGCAGGCCCAGCUGGACAAGGAGGCACAGAUCCGGAGACGACUACAAGAGCUGGAUGGGGAGCUGGAGGUGGCAUUAGGACUGCUAGACACCAUCCUGACCAAGAACCCGUCUGGCUUGACCCAGUACAUCCCUGUUUUGAUCGACUCCUUCUUACCCUUGCUGAAAUCUCCUUUGGCUGCUCCCAGGAUCAAGAGCCCCUUCCUGUCUUUGGCAGCUUGUGUUAUGCCCCGUAGGCUCAAGGCUUUGGGCAUUUUGGUGAGCCAUGUGACACUGCGCCUGCUAAAGCCAGAGUGUGCUCUGGAUAAGUCCUGGUGCCAGGAGGAUCUGUCAGUGGCUGUGAAGAGAGCAGUGACUUUGCUGCACACUCACACAAUCACCAGCAGGGUGGGCAAGGGCGAGCCAGAUGCUGCACCCCUGUCUGCACCAGCCUUCUCCUUGGUCUUCCCAUUGCUGAAGAUGGUGCUUACUGAAAUGCCCCACCACAGCGAGGAGGAGGAGGAGCAGAUGGCCCAGAUUCUCCAGAUCCUCACUGUUCAUGCUCAGCUGAGGACCUCCCCUGACACCCCUCCUGGCCGUGUGGACGAGAAUGGUCCUGAGUUGCUGCCUCGUGUGGCCAUGCUGCGUCUGCUGACCUGGGUGAUCGGGACAGGUUCGCCCCGACUGCAGGUUCUUGCUGCAGAUACACUGAGCACGCUGUGUGCCAGCAGCAGUGGCGAGGACGGCUGCGCCUUCGCAGAGCAGGAGGAGGUGGAUGUGCUACUCUGUGCCUUGCAGUCCCCUUGUGCCAGCGUGCGGGAGACUGCGCUCCGGGGGCUGAUGGAGCUCCAGCUGGUGUUACCAACACCUGAUAGUGAUGAGAAGAAUGGCCUGAGCCUUCUGCGGAGGCUCUGGGUGGUCAAGUUUGACAAGGAGGAGGAGGUCCAGAAGCUGGCCGAGAGGCUCUGGUUGACCAUGGGCCUCGAUCUGCAGCCAGAUCUCUGCUCCCUGCUGAUUGAUGAUGUGAUCUAUCACGAGGCAGCUGUGCGGCAGGCUGGGGCUGAAGCCCUCUCUCAGGCCGUGGCUCGGUACCAGUGGCAGGCAGCAGAAGUCAUGGGCAGGCUCAUGGAGAUCUAUCAGGAGAAGCUCUAUAGGCCACCCCCAGUACUGGAUGCUUUGGGUCGAGUAAUUUCAGAAUCCCCUCCGGAUCAGUGGGAAGCCAGGUGUGGUCUGGCUUUGGCCCUCAAUAAGCUCUCGCAGUAUUUGGACAGCUCUCAGGUGAAGCCACUCUUUCAGUUUUUUGUCCCUGAUGCUCUCAACGAUCGAAAUCCAGAUGUCCGGAAGUGCAUGUUAGAUGCAGCCCUUGCAACACUCAAUGCCCAUGGGAAGGAGAACGUCAACUCGCUGCUGCCAGUGUUUGAGGAGUUUCUGAAGGAUGCUCCCAAUGAUGCCAGCUAUGACGCCGUGCGGCAGAGUGUGGUAGUCCUCAUGGGUUCUUUGGCCAAGCACCUGGACAAGAGCGACCCCAAAGUGAAGCCAAUUGUUGCCAAGCUCAUCGCUGCCCUCUCCACCCCUUCCCAGCAGGUCCAGGAGUCUGUGGCCAGCUGCUUACCUCCUCUUGUGCCUGCUAUCAAGGAGGAUGCUGGAGGAAUGAUCCAGCGACUCAUGCAGCAGUUGCUGGAGUCGGACAAGUAUGCAGAGCGCAAAGGGGCAGCAUACGGGCUGGCAGGCCUGGUGAAGGGCCUGGGCAUCCUCUCCCUGAAGCAGCAGGAAAUGAUGGCAGCGCUGACUGAUGCCAUUCAGGAUAAGAAGAACUUCCGCAGGCGAGAGGGAGCCCUGUUUGCCUUUGAGAUGCUCUGCACGAUGCUGGGGAAGCUGUUCGAGCCCUAUGUGGUUCAUGUGCUGCCCCAUUUGCUGCUGUGCUUUGGGGAUGGGAACCAGUAUGUGCGUGAGGCUGCAGAUGACUGUGCCAAGGCUGUGAUGAGCAACCUCAGUGCUCAUGGCGUGAAGCUAGUGCUCCCUUCCUUACUGGCUGCCCUGGAGGAGGAAUCCUGGCGGACCAAAGCUGGGUCAGUGGAGUUGCUUGGAGCAAUGGCAUAUUGUGCUCCCAAACAGCUGUCAUCCUGCCUACCCAACAUUGUGCCCAAGCUCACAGAGGUGCUGACUGACUCCCACGUCAAAGUCCAGAAGGCUGGACAGCAGGCACUCAGGCAGAUUGGCUCCGUCAUCCGGAACCCGGAGAUCCUGGCCAUUGCCCCUGUCCUGCUGGAUGCCCUGACGGACCCAUCGAGAAAGACCCAGAAGUGCCUGCAGACCCUGCUGGACACCAAAUUUGUCCACUUCAUUGAUGCUCCAUCUCUGGCCCUCAUCAUGCCCAUUGUCCAGAGAGCCUUUCAGGAUCGUUCUACCGACACCCGCAAGAUGGCAGCACAGAUUAUUGGCAACAUGUACUCCCUGACAGACCAGAAGGAUUUGGCUCCUUACCUGCCCAGUGUAACACCUGGCCUGAAGGCCUCACUUUUGGACCCUGUGCCUGAGGUGCGGACAGUGUCUGCAAAGGCUCUUGGGGCUAUGGUAAAGGGCAUGGGGGAAUCCUGUUUUGAGGACUUGUUGCCAUGGCUGAUGGAGACACUGACGUAUGAGCAGAGCUCUGUGGAUCGCUCAGGCGCUGCACAAGGGUUGGCUGAGGUCAUGGCUGGUUUGGGAGUAGAGAAGUUAGAGAAGCUGAUGCCAGAAAUUGUGGCUACAGCCAGUAAAGUGGACAUUGCACCCCAUGUUCGAGAUGGCUACAUCAUGAUGUUCAACUACUUGCCCAUCACCUUUGGGGACAAGUUCACCCCUUAUGUGGGGCCCAUCAUUCCCUGUAUCCUCAAAGCCCUGGCUGAUGAGAACGAGUUUGUGCGAGACACUGCCCUGCGUGCCGGCCAACGGGUCAUCUCCAUGUAUGCUGAGACAGCUAUCGCACUGCUGCUGCCCCAACUGGAGCAAGGCCUCUUUGAUGACCUCUGGAGGAUCCGGUUUAGUUCUGUUCAGCUCCUUGGGGAUCUCCUAUUCCACAUCUCAGGGGUUACUGGGAAAAUGACCACAGAAACUGCGUCUGAGGAUGAUAACUUUGGAACUGCCCAGUCAAACAAGGCAAUCAUCACUGCCCUGGGGGUUGAUCGUCGGAAUCGGGUACUGGCAGGGCUCUACAUGGGCCGCUCAGACACCCAGCUGGUGGUGCGACAGGCCUCUCUGCACGUGUGGAAGAUUGUUGUCUCCAAUACUCCCCGCACCUUGCGAGAGAUCCUGCCAACUCUCUUUGGUCUCCUUCUGGGUUUCCUGGCCAGUACUUGUGCAGAUAAGAGAACGAUUGCAGCUAGAACACUGGGUGAUCUUGUCCGGAAGCUUGGGGAGAAAAUCCUUCCUGAGAUCAUCCCCAUCCUUGAGGAAGGCCUGAGAUCUCAGAAGAGCGAUGAAAGGCAGGGAGUGUGCAUCGGGCUGAGUGAGAUCAUGAAAUCCACCAGCCGAGACGCUGUGUUGUAUUUCUCUGAGUCCCUCGUGCCCACAGCGAGGAAGGCUUUGUGUGACCCGUUGGAGGAGGUCCGAGAGGCGGCAGCCAAGACCUUUGAGCAGCUACACUCCACCAUCGGCCACCAGGCUCUGGAGGACAUUCUCCCAUUUUUAUUGAAGCAGCUGGAUGAUGAUGAUGUGUCAGAAUUUGCCCUGGACGGUCUAAAGCAAGUUAUGGCCAUUAAGAGUCGCGUAGUGCUGCCCUACCUCGUCCCCAAGCUGACAACGCCACCUGUCAAUACCCGGGUGCUGGCUUUCCUUUCAUCUGUGGCUGGUGAUGCUCUUACUCGUCAUCUUGGUGUGAUCCUCCCCGCAGUCAUGUUGGCCCUGAAGGAAAAGCUGGGGACUCCAGAUGAGCAGCUGGAGAUGGCCAAUUGUCAGGCUGUGAUCCUUUCAGUGGAGGAUGACACUGGGCACCGGAUAAUCAUAGAGGAUCUGUUAGAAGCCACACGCAGCCCUGAGGUGGGCAUGAGGCAGGCAGCUGCCAUCAUCCUCAACAUCUACUGUUCUCGCUCCAAAGCUGACUACACCAGUCACCUGCGGAGCCUGGUCUCAGGCCUGAUCCGCCUCUUUAAUGACUCCAGUCCCGUGGUUCUGGAGGAGAGCUGGGAUGCACUAAAUGCCAUCACCAAGAAGCUGGAUGCUGGCAACCAGCUGGCGCUGAUCGAAGAGCUGCAUAAGGAAAUCCGGCUCAUAGGCAACGAAAGCAAAGGCGAGCAUGUGCCUGGCUUCUGCCUCCCAAAGAAGGGGGUAACCUCCAUCCUUCCAGUAUUGCGGGAAGGAGUCCUUACUGGCAGUCCUGAGCAAAAAGAAGAAGCAGCCAAAGCUUUAGGCUUGGUGAUCCGCCUGACCUCGGCUGAUGCCCUGAGGCCUUCUGUGGUCAGCAUCACUGGCCCUCUGAUUCGCAUCCUGGGGGACCGGUUCAGCUGGAAUGUGAAGGCAGCUCUGCUCGAGACACUCAGCCUCUUGCUGGCUAAGGUUGGGAUUGCCCUGAAGCCCUUUCUGCCCCAGCUGCAGACUACUUUCACCAAAGCCCUGCAGGACUCCAACCGGGGCGUGCGCCUAAAGGCUGCUGAUGCCCUGGGGAAGCUUAUUUCCAUCCACAUCAAGGUAGACCCCCUCUUCACAGAGCUGCUCAAUGGAAUUCGUGUCAUGGAAGACCCAGGUGUCAGGGACACCAUGCUGCAGGCCCUGAGGUUUGUGAUUCAGGGAGCGGGUGCCAAAGUGGAUGCUGUCAUAAGGAAAAACAUUGUCUCACUUCUGCUGAGCAUGCUGGGACAUGAUGAGGAUAACACACGGAUCUCCUCAGCUGGAUGCCUGGGGGAGUUGUGUGCCUUUUUGACAGAAGAGGAGCUCAGCACUGUCCUUCAGCAGUGCUUGCUAGCUGACGUAUCUGGAGUUGACUGGAUGGUUCGGCAUGGGCGGAGCCUGGCACUGUCCGUGGCUGUUAAUGUGGCUUCCAGCAGACUCUGUGCAGGCAGAUACAGCAGUGAAGUUCAGGACAUGAUCCUCAGCAAUGCUGUGGCAGACAGGAUCCCCAUCGCAGUGAGUGGAAUCCGGGGCAUGGGCUUCCUGAUGAAGUACCACAUUGAGACAGGAGGUGGUCAGAUGCCACCCAGACUCUCCAGCCUGUUCAUUAAGUGUCUUCAGAACCCAUCCAGUGACAUCAGGCUGGUAGCUGAGAAGAUGAUCUGGUGGGCAAACAAGGACCCAUUGCCUCCAUUGGAGCCCCAGACUAUCAAGCCCCUCUUGAAGGCUCUUCUGGACAAUACCAAGGAUAAGAACACUGUUGUGAGGGCCUACAGCGACCAGGCCAUUGUGAACCUGCUCAAGAUGAGGCAGGGAGAGGAGCUGUUUCAGUCCCUCUCCAAGAUCCUGGAUGUGGCCAGCUUGGAGGCACUGAAUGAAUGCAACCGAAGGUCCCUGAAGAAGCUGGCUGGUCAGGUGGACUCCACAGAGCAGGUGGAUGACACCAUUCUGACGUGACGUGAUAGACAGACCUGGGCUGCUGCAGCCACUCAGCUCCACACCUUUGUUCACUGUUUUCAUUUUUGAAAAUACGUUUUUUCGGAUGGGGAGCUUAGAAGAUGGUGUUCCCAGAAAGUAUUUUAAUACAGCAACUGACCACACAGCCAAAGCCUUAAAAUCAAUCACACACAACUGAAAAUUGCCUCUUCCAUCUUCCACCCUUUUCUUUGGAGAAAAGAAGGAAAAGCACAUGUGUAAGCCUCAUCAAGUGGCGGCCUAGGGCCAUUUGGCCAGCUCAACACAGCUGGGCGUAGGACAAGGAGGGCCAGAAUUCAGGCUCCUCUUCUCCUGUGCUUGAGCUCUGGGUCAGGAGCUGGCACUUCCAACCUUUGCCUCGAUUCUGAGUAGGGGCACAGAACUGCAGAGUUCUAGUGUGUCUUGGCUUGGCUUUUCAGUUUUGUGGGGCCUGAUUGGAUCUAACCUGUUAAGGGAAAGGGGUACUCAACCAGCUCUAGCAGUUCCAAGUCUGGGGGAGGGCAUAGAUUUUCGUGCAGGCCAUUUGAAGGAGGAAGGUUUAAUAAAGGCUUUGAUUUGCUCUUGAUAGAAGCAGGUUUUUUUGUUUUGUUUUUAAUCACCUUCAAACAUCAUGAAGCUUCCUACAUUAGGAGUAAGAAACGGUUUGCAACUUUUUGUAAGUAUGGGCAGCACUCAGGUUUCUGGAUGUUUCCUUACCAUGCUUUCAGAAGUCAUGUCCAUCCCUACAAACUUCUGUGUCCCGAGGUCGGUAUGUAAACCAGGCUUGGGAGUCCCCACCCCCAUUGUGGGGAAGAUGGGCUGAAUCAGCCACUUUUGGGAUAUGUCUUGAUGUGGAUAAGGACGGAGCUUCUGGAGGUGCAUUUAGAGAAAUUCGGCCUCUGGAGCAAUGUUUCUACAGUCCAAGGACUUGGAAGAGGAAACCAGAGUUGCAGUUCAGCAUCUGCCUCCUUUAUGAAUGACUUCCUUCCUCCUGAUUCUUAGAAGGCUCGUGACACAUGUCCUGUUUGAUGGAGCACACCCCACUGGGCCCUAGUGACGCAAGUUUUUCUGAGCUGUUUUCCUGGUCACAAUGUGGAACAAACCUUUUAUCAAAGUUAUGGGCCAGAGCUGUAAAA